ACUAACAUUCAGCCCAGCUCCAGCUUGCUUGUCUUCCACUUGUCUCUGUGAGAUGAAAACCCAGCAGCAGCCUCUUCAUGUGGCCACUCCAGUGAGGCAGAGCCUUGCUCUGAGCAAGGUGGCUGGGACCUCCGUCUACCUUAAGCUGGACUCAUCUCAGCCAACAGGAUCCUUCAAGAUCAGGGGCAUUGGUCACCUCUGUAAAACUUGGGCAGAGCGAGGGUGUGAGAGAUUUGUCUGCUGCUCAGGAGGAAACGCUGGCAUGGCUGCUGCUUAUUCUGCACGCCAGCUCGGAGUUCCUGCAACCAUAGUCGUUCCAAGUGUCACACCACAUCCCACAGUGGAGAAGCUGAAGGAUGAGGGGGCCACUGUUAUCAUUCAUGGCAAGGCUCUGAAUGAAAGCAUUGAAUAUGGACAGCAGCUUGUAGCAAACAACCUGGGCUGGAUAUUCAUCUCUCCCUUUGAUGACCCCCUCAUCUGGGAAGGCCACACGUCUCUGGUGAAGGAGUUGGAGCAGGACCUGAAUGAGAAGCCCGGGGCCAUAGUGCUGUCGGUGGGAGGAGGGGGCCUGCUGAACGGAGUCGUGGAGGGACUGCGGCGCGCCAACUGGGCUGAUGUGCCCAUCGUUGCCAUGGAAACCGUAGGAGCCCACAGCCUCCAUGCAGCCAUGAAGGCUGGAGAACUUGUUACUCUUCCUGCAAUUACCAGUGUUGCAACCACGCUGGGCCUGGUGAGGGUGUCUGCACAGACGAUGAAACUGGUGGGCGAGCACACGGUUUUCUCUGAGGUCGUCACGGACCAGCAGGCCGUUAAAGCUGUCGAGUGCUUUGUUGACGAUGAGAAGAUUCUUGUGGAGCCAGCCUGCGGUGCUGCUCUGGCAGCUGUGUACAGUGACAUCAUCAGAAGACUGCAGAACGAGGGCAGGCUGUCGCAGCGGCUGGGCCCCGUGGUGGUUGUGGUGUGUGGCGGCAACAACAUCAGCAUGGAGCAGCUGAAGAGGCUAAAGAAGCAGCUAGGCAUCAUUUAACGCCCCUGACCACCUCAGGUCCUCUUCACCUUUUUGUGUCGUUCACCAUCGCCGCCUUCCUCUUCCUAGACCCUGUUACACAUGUGCUCCAUAGACCAAACCAUUCCAGACCGAAGCUCUCAUGAGCACUGAGACUGACAAUAUAGGGGUUUUUUUUAACAAAAGAAAAGGUUGAGGUAGUUUCUGACAAGAGAAACCUACUGUUAUUUUUUAUUUUUUUUUUAAAGUGAAAAGGAACACUGACUCACUGAAUACGUGUUUGCUUUUAUAAUAAGUGUGCUUGCUUUGUCGAAACGCUUCUAUACUAUUGUCAUGCUUUUGUACUUUGAGAUGUAUUUAACGACUAAUAAAUUAUA